AUGGCAAAGUCGGACGCUGCCGAAGAUGGCAGAAAAAGCCCCUUGGAAUUGGCUGGGCCACUGCGACGGCUUUGGUUCGGAUGGGCGCUGCCAUUUUUCCGAAGGGCUUGUCAGGACAUCUCGCGGCAGGACUUCUCUGCGAUGUCUUUGCCGCCAUUCCCACAGGCCGAAUCUUGUGAAUCGGCUGCUGAGAGACUUUCUGGCCAUUUGGCACAGGAGUUAGCCAUGGGAGCCCGACAGGGCCGUAAACCUUCACUGCACAGAGCACUCUUCCAGUGCUGGAAGAAGGUAUUCCUACUUGAGGCGUUGCGGGCUCUGCUCACUUCAUGUUGUUUCUUGCUUGCUCCCUUCCUUCUACGCCAGACUGUGAACUCCCUGCGACUGGGGCUGUGGCUUGAGGCAUUUGGGUACCUUUCGGCUAUCGCGGCCACCGGCAUGAUGGGCGGGCUCUUUCAGCAACAUAGCUUCCAUGCGUUCUCUCACUGGGGCAGGCAGAUGUGGGCUGCGUUGGUAGGCAAUAUAUUCACGAAGAUGGCAAGCAUCGAUGCCGGUGCCUUCACAGCUCAAUUCAGCGAAGGACAGGUCAUAUCCAUGAUUGGGCAGGAUGCGAGUCUCUUCCCGUACAUGGGACCUUUCCUUUGCCUCUUCUUGGCAAUGCCCUGCAACAUCUUGGUGCCAUCAGCCAUUCUUCUGUAUUACCUUCGCGAAGCUUUUGUCGUGGGGUUGACGUCCUGUGUAGUUGUAUCAGUAUUGAGUAGCUGGGCAGCGGUCGCCUACAAGCGGAAAGUCAAAGCCAAGCUGGCGGUGGCAGACUCCCGGCUCGUCCUCGUGAAUGAGACUCUUCAAGGUGCGCGAUCGAUCAAGUACUGCGCGUGGGAGGGUGCGCUGGAGGCCAAGAUUAAACGAGUGCGAGAUAAAGAGGUGCGGCUUCUGUCGUGGAUUCACUUGUGCUACGCCUUGCAGCAGGGUGCCAUGCAGGCUUUGCCAGUGAUUGGGAUUACGGCAUCCCUGCUGACCCACGUCGCUCUGGGCCGUUCCUUAGAGGCCGACAUCGCUUCGAUGACAGUGGCCUACUUCGACCCUCUUUCCUUUGGUUUCAUGCUCUGGCCGGCCUGCCGUAUGCAGUUGCAGACCAUGAGUGCGGGCAUUGUCCGGGUGGAGCGUUUGCUGCUGGUCAAGGAGAUGGCCUCCACUGCGGUUGUUGCGGACGUCGCGGAGGGUGAUAAAAAGGGAAUCCACAGCAUCCAACUGGAUCGUGCCAGCUUCUCGUGGAAUGGCGAGAGGUUACAUCUUCAAGAGAUCAGCCUCACAGUACGUGCCAAAGAGCUGGUGAUGGCCGUUGGCCCAGUGGCUUCCGGGAAGUCGACACUGGUCUCCGGCAUUUUCGGCUUGGUGCGGGUGGCAGCCGGUGAGGUCCGAAUUCUGGGUCAGCCGGCAUAUGUACCUCAGAACCCGCAAGUUCUCAAUGCCUCCGUGCGGGACAACAUCCUCUUCGGCCUGCCCCUGGUGCAGGAGCGGUAUGAAGAAGCAAUCUCCGCAUGUUGCCUGGAGCAGGACUUGGACCAGUUUGUGGAAGGGGAUGCCACGGAGAUUGGAGAGAAGGGCAUCACGAUCAGCGGCGGCCAGAGGGCUCGUAUUGCCCUGGCACGGGCGUACUAUGCUGACCCGGAUGUAGUGGUCUUAGACGAUCCACUGUCUGCAAUGGAUGCGCACAUUGGCGCAAGCGUGUUCUCCCGCUGCAUUCUGGCAUUGCGUGCGCAGGGGAAGGCCAUCUUAAUGACCACGAACCAGCUUCAAAUUUGCUCCUCUGCAGACAGGAUUCUGAUUCUGCACGCAGGGCGUCAAGUUCGCCAAGGUAGCUUCCAAGAGACUGCCGUGGAGCUCGGCGCCGCGAGCAGCUCAGUUGCAGUGCCGCAACAAGGACUGGAGAGUGAGCCAGCCUGUGAGCAGAAAGACCUGGGCGCCGGCACGAGUCGGCCGCAGGUGCUCAGGCCAACUGACGCCUCGGGGAAGAGUGGGAUGAAGGCCGAGGGCAUGCUCCAGGGCCGCUUGGGGAUCCGCGAGUGGCUGAACGUGGCACAAGGAGGCCAGUCAACCUUUCUUGGGCUUUUCCUGGCGCUGUCCUCCUUGCUGGUACCGCUUGCGAUGUUUCUCUCGAACGUCCUCCUGGCGGCUUGGAUUCGGGAGGCAAAGGAGGGGCCAGCGUUCGACUACCAGAGAAACUAUCUCAUCGCUUCUCUGGCCUUUGCUUUGUGUUGUACCUUCAGGGUGUCUUCUGCGGCUAUGUACUUCACCAAGAUUUCUCGCCACCUGCACCAGAAGAUGUUGGCAUCGGUGCUGCGCCAGCCGCUGAGCUGGUAUGACACCACGCCGUUGGGACGAGUUCUGAACCGCUUCUCACAAGAUAUUUCUUUGAUGGAUCUUCAGAUGCCGCGACUCUUUGAGUUCGCAAUGCAGCACUUCACUGUGGUCUUUGUGGGCAUCAUCGGGGCCAGCGUGCUCGCUUGGCCAGCCCUGCUCGUCUUGCUGCUGAUUGGCUGGCCUCUCCGGCGCCUACAGGAUCGUUACGGCUCCGUUGCCUUGAACCUUCAGAGGCUGAUGCUCAUUGCGACGAGCCCUGUGAUGUCCCAGGUCUCAGGUUUCCUCUUGGCCAUGGACACCAUCCGGGCUUUCCAGCGAGAGCGGCACUUCGUCAAGCGCUUCUUCCAGACGAUGGAUGGAUAUUACAAGACCUACUACUGGAUCCACGCUGUCGAUCGCUUAGCUAUGGGGUUGCUGACUACAGUCUGCGUCCCUUUCAUCACGCUCUGCUUGGGUGCCUCUGUGAUGCUGCUCGUCUACGCCGACAGUUUAACUCCCGAACUGGGGGGAUUGGGUUUGGCUCUGACUGUCGGCCUCGCCCAGCGCAUUCCUAUGUACAUGUGGUGCUGGAGCACCUUCGAGAAGUUCUUCGGGGGUGCGCAGCGCGUUGCCGAAUAUGCAGGCUUGGCAUGGGAAGGCGGCAAACAGGACCACGACUACUGGAAGGAGGGCGUUCGCGUAAAGUCGGAAGGCGAGGCUGGCACUGAGUCGCCAGUCGCUUUGGAGCUACGGGAGGUGCACUUGCGUUAUCAGGCGGGUCUUCCCUUGACUCUUCAAGGCCUCACCUUGGCUGUGCGUCCCGGCGAGCGCAUGGGCAUCUGUGGCCGCACGGGGAGCGGGAAAUCCACGCUGUUCCUGGCGUGCUUCAGGAUGGUAGAGUUAGAGUCGGGCGACAUUCGUGUCUGGGGGCGGAGCGCCAAGUCUCUGCCGCUCCCACAGCUCCGGGCUUCCAUGGCCAUUGUUCCACAGGAUCCGCUGAUGUUCUCAGGGACUUUGAGAUCAAAUCUUGAUUUGCGUGGGCGGUACAGCGACGCGGAGUUGCUGGCGGCCCUGCGCUUGGCACAUCUGGAGGAGCAAGUACAGGGCAUGCCGCAGAAGCUGGACGAGCCAGUGCAGGAGAAAGGAUCGAACUUUUCGGCGGGGACAGUGCAGCUCAUCUGCAUUGCGAGGCUCCUUCUUGCCAGGCAAAGAAUCGUUUUUCUGGAUGAAUGUACUGCCAGUGUAGACCUGAAGACAGAUGCUCAAGUGCAGAGUGCAAUCCGAUCAGCUUGCAGUGACUGUGCGAUUCUGUGUAUAGCUCACCGGCUGGACACGAUCAUCGACUACGAUCGCUUAGCUGUGCUCGAUUCUGGCCGGGUGAUUGAGACUGGCUCGCCUGCUGAGCUGCUGCAGCAGAACGGUGCUUUCACGAGCCUGGUGGCCAGCAUGGGCGAUGCCGGGGCAGAUAUACGACGAAGGCUGGCACCUGCACCCAGUUCGCGCGUCAAGCUCUAG